CAGUUCUGGUCGCAAAUUGACGACGCGCACAGAGAGGCGGGACCCAGUUUAACAGAACACCGGCUCCACUGGGGGGAAUCCCCUGUUAAAAAUAACAACGGGAUCGAAAGAGCUGCACAACGUUUGUUUUGGGAGAGUUUGGUUUAUGGAAAGUCUGGGCUUUAAAGGUUGGCAAAGAAUGAACAUGAUGAAGUUGAAAAGAUUGGUCUGUCAGUGUCCAUGCUCUGACAAAUACAGUGAUGUGAUCUCGGAGAGGCCCAGACUGGGUUGGAUGUCAUCAUUUGUGUUGAUGAGAGCUCGCACAGCAGAUGCUCGUCACUUUUCAUGCCACAUGUUAAGUAAACUGAAGCUGUGCCAGUUGCAUGAAACAUUGACAGUAUUGUUUGCUUUUGUGAUUCUACUGUGUGCAUGUGGAACUGUAGCCGAGUCAACAUCUACCGAUACAAUCCAGUACAGCAUAGAUGGAUCAUGGAUUACAUGCAAAAGUGUCACAUGCCCUCGUGGGUACGAAACAGUUGCCUGCACGAAGAAUGGAGGGAAAGACACGUGUCACUUGUGUUCCUGGGACAAGUACCAGCCAGUGGACAAUGUCACAUCUCAGAUGAGAUUGAAAUGUUUCCCAAUAGUUUGUGCUCCAGACAAUCAGAGGCCGGUACAGCGAGGAGAGCCUGGUCCAGGGAACCCACCGGUCUGUGUGUGUGACACCACAAGACACAAUUACCAACACAGUGACAUACCAGAGGACUGCAGGCGCCGGAUCUGUGGCAGGUCAGAGACUCUACUCCUGAAUGGAACAUGUAAUUGUAUGAAGGGCCGUGUCAGAAACAAAGAUGGACAUUGUGUAUGGAACCGGCCUCAGCCAAGUCUCUCUUCUGAAUCUAUUAGGCAAUUGGAUGCUACUCUAGGGUACGUACAACCAGGACCUCAUACCACUUCUACCUCAGAUGUUCUGGCCAGAACUACGGCCAGACAUAACACAACCGAUCAUGGUGCUGUAACAGUAUCAACAGGAUCGAUAUCAACAGAUACUUCCACUGUGCCAAGACUUGACCAAGAACAUGGAGUAGGAAAAACCUGGACACCUGGCAUUGUUGCUGCAGUUGUUGCUGUUUUGGUUGUUUUAGCCAUAUCCUGGGUUGUGUACAAAGUUGUUGUGCUUCUAGAAAAGAAGAAACGGGAUAGAAGAGUGAAGGUGGAUAAGAACGGUGGGGAAGAGGGACUUUUGACGGCAGAUGAAUCAAGUGCAGCUUCGUCACAAGAAGUCCAGAAGGAGAGUCCUUCCACAUCGGAAACAUGUACACAAGUGAUAAUUGAUCAGAGCCAGCACUAUCAUGCACCUGUCACAAACAUCACAGCCUGCAGUGGCGUACAGAUCGGACCAAACAACAGCAUGACCAAUCAACCAGACCAGGAUGGAGAUGAUGAAAUUUAAUGUCAGCAUGAAGGAUGACUCUGUAACAAGUGUUUGUCUGUAAGAAGAGUGUUUUCAUUUUGAUACAGCACACAUACAAUUAUUUCAGUUGAACAAAUCUACUGACGAGAUAAGAAAUACAGCUGCAUAUUGGUUACACAGGUUAGAUGUGCUAGAUGAUUUUCUUAUUUUGAAGGGAUUUAAUAUUAUGGUGAAAAUUAGGGUUUGGAGUCUAUGUAAGCAAAAUUUAGUUAAAAAAUUAAUCAUCAUUGAUAUCUCAAUAUAACAAAUUUAUUUCAAUGUAAACAGAAUUAUUGAACUCAAACAAUGCCAUAUAACACAUCACUUCCACUUUUACCAAAGACUUUGCUUUUUGUAAUGGUAAUGGUUUGGCUUCAAAUGAAAUUUAUUGGGCAUGAAUCUAGGUUUAUCAUCUAACACAAAACACGAACAACUAUGUAAGCAAAUAAUUGUGAAGUUAUCAGUUAAAAUAAUGACAGACCAAUGAUAUGUUUGUUAAGUUAGAUGCUUGACUCAUGAUGCCAUAUAUAUUCACGACUCUGUUGGAAGUUUAGGGUGUGAAUGAGACGUGCAGGAUUCCGUACUAACAUUCCAUGUUCAUCUAAACAUGUCAGUUAUAUAAAUGACUUAUUUCUGGAAUGCAGUGAACCUUUUCCUGAUAACUAUUUCUGAUGAUUUGUAAGUAAUGCAUUACUUGUAUACAGUUUCAGAUAAGCUUUUAAAUAAAGUACAAGAAGAAGACAGAGUUGUCAAUAUCCCCUGCUGUUGUAAAUACUUGUUAUGAAAAGCGAUGGGUAAGGAGAAGCUGGAAAGCGAAAAAAAGCAAUCAAAAGUGCUACUUAAUGUCAGAUAAGAUGUCAAUUAUUAUGUUUUGUUAUUGUAUUUUAAAAAUAGGAAAAAUGAGUAUUUGUGAAAAAAACCUUUAUUUGCCAAUGACUACAAGGAGUGAAAUUGGGGAUAAAUUAUACUCUAUUUAUCCCCAAUUACACUCAUUACAUCUCAUGAAUGAGAUGGACAGAUCACGUACAUGUCUUAGUAAUGAUGUAUCCAUGUCACAGUUUAAUGAUCAACAAUGUAAUCCAAAACAAUGCACAUUGCUGCAGUUUAUAACACAGCAGUUUAUAUAAUGAAGUUUCUUAUGAUCUUGAUCAAAGUUGAAGAAGCACAACAAUAUAUAUUAAGAACAAUCAAUAUCAUGAGCAUCCAUCCACGCAAUUGGGAUCGAUGACAUGCAUCAACCAAGUCAGCGAGCCUGACCACCCGAUCCUGUUAGUUGCCUUUUACGACAAGCAUAGUCACCUUUUACGGCAAGCAUGGGUUGCUGAAGACCUAUUCUACCCCGGAAUCUUCAGGGGUCCCAGACAGGAAGUAUUUAAAGAAAUCUGUAAAUCAUUUCCCGCCAUUUUGGGAACUGGAAUAAUUCGUGUAAUUCCUUCAUGUUACUUAAAUUAGAUAACUGAUAUCAAUAAUUGAUAUGAAGAUAUCAUCAAAAUUAUUAAUGAUAUCUUUAAUUGGAUUUUUGAUAUCAGUAACGGUCAGAAUUAAUGAUAUCUUGAAUUGAAUUAAAGAUAUCUCUAAUUGAAAUAAAGAUAUCUCUAAUUAAUUUAAAGAUAUCUGUAAUGCAUUUGUGGAUAUGUAUAACUUAUUUCAAGAUAUCUUGAAUUUAUUUCUACUAUAUUUAUGUAUAGUAGA